GUCGUCCCUUUCCGAGGUUUUAUUAGCCAUCCUCUCGGCGUGCGGUCGGGUCGAGUGGCCCCCACACGCAGAUCGGCAAACUGAUAGCGCAGUGGGCGCUCAUCACUAACUCGAAGCCAUGGAGCGACGCGGCGGGGGCACCCGCAAGGAGCGGCUUCUGCGCGCCAAGAUGAAGAAGAAGAUGCAGGACUCGGACUCGUCGCCCAAUGGCAACACGUUCGAGGACAUUCUGCACAUGCCGGACUUGUCAGAGCAGUCGCUGCUCGAGAACCUGCGCAAACGCUACGAGCACGAGCUCAUCUACACGUACGUGGGGCCCAUCGUCAUUGCCAUCAACCCGUACAAGCAGUUGGACGUCUAUAGUGAGCGCCACAUGACCGAAUACUAUGGGAAGGCUAUGGGGGCACUACCUCCGCACGUCUUCGCAUUGGCCGACCACGCCUACACGCAGCUCAUCCAGGGCGGUGCACUAGAUCCAGCCAAUCAGAGCAUCAUUAUCAGUGGAGAGAGCGGCUCGGGCAAGACAGAGACCACGAAGAUCAUCAUGCAAUACCUGGCUCGAGCCACAAGCUACCGCAAGGGUCCAGAGGGCGAAGGACCGCCUCCUGCGCCUCUGGAAGGCAUGUCCGGCGCUCUGGGCAAGCUCGAGGAGCGCGUGUUGGAGAGUAACCCACUGCUCGAGUCCUUUGGCAAUGCCAAAACGUUGCGCAACGACAAUUCCAGUCGCUUUGGCAAGUUUAUCGAGAUCCAAUUUAACCACCACGGCAAGAUUGUGGGAGCUCAAAUUCUCAAUUUUCUGCUGGAAAAGACACGCAUUGUGUCCCAAAGUCUUGGCGAGCGGAACUACCACAUCUUCUACCAAUUACUCGCCGGCGCGGACAACGCGCUCAGGGAAAGGCUGCAGCUGCAAACGCCCCAUGACUACGAAUAUCUGCGCAAGAGUGAAUGUUUCAACAUUCACUCUUGCGACGACGCCAAGGAGUUUGCCACGACCAAGCGCUGCUUGGAAACCAUCGGCAUCACCGAAGACCGACAGGAAAUGGUCUUUGAGCUCCUUGCAGCCGUGUUGCACCUUGGCAACUUGCAAUUUGCAAUGGAAAAUGACACUUGUGUGACUGUAGGGGACAUUUCAGCCAAUGGGAUGAAACUAGUGGCAAAUUUGCUUAAAGUGAGCGAAGACGCGCUGUCCAAGGCGCUGCUAACUCGCCAGCUGUACGUUGGAGGCAAGGUGAUCGUACAGCAGCAGAACUCGGAGCAGGUACGCGACAAACGUGACGCUCUGGCCAAGGGCAUCUACUCGUCGCUGUUCUUGUGGCUCGUGUCGGAGCUGAACCGCACGAUCUCACGCCAUCAGGACAAGUGGGGCUUCAUCGGAGUGCUGGAUAUCUACGGCUUCGAGAAGUUCGAGUGGAACACGUUCGAGCAGCUGUGUAUCAACUACGCUAACGAGAAGCUGCAACGUCACUUUAACCAGCACAUGUUGGAGGUGGAGCAGAACGACUACGCUAAAGAAGGGAUCGACUGGAAACAUAUUGACUUUGAGGACAACCAGGAGUGUCUGGAUCUCAUUGAGAGCAAGGUGAACGGCAAACCCGGUAUCUUUAUUUCAUUGGACGAUAAUUGGAGACUGAAGGGCGAAGAAGCCAACAAGAAGUUCGUGUCGAACCUGCACAACUCGUUCGGACGCACAUCUAGCGGCCAUUCGAGCGGCAAGAACAAGUUCUACGUGCACCCGAAGAUGGACGCGGACCUGCACUUCGGUAUCAAGCACUACGCCGGCGAAGUCAUCUACGACGCGAGCGGCUUCAACGACAAGAACAACGAGACGUUGAACGACGACAUGAAGGAGCUUAUUCGACAGUCCAAGAGCGACUGGCUGCGCGGCAUCUUCGACCUGAACAUGCAGUCCAUCGAGGCCAUCCCAGGCAACAAGCCGCAGCAGCAGCACUCGAUCUCUCGACGUCCUAAUGAGAUGAAGAAGGGCAUGCAGGGCAAUAAAUCCCGUAACAUCCGAGAGGUAUCGGUUAGUGCGCAGUUCCGGCAUCAACUGCACGAACUGAUGAACAAGAUCUCGCUGGCCAACCCUCGCUAUGUGCGGUGUAUCAAGCCGAACGAGUUCAAGCGCCCAAGCGAGCUCAAUGACGCAGACUGUGCACGUCAACUCAAGUACUCUGGUAUGAUGGAGGCCAUCCAGAUCCGUCAGCGCGGCUUCGCUCUGCGUGAAGACCACGACGUGUUCUUCUACGACUACCAAUCGCUAGCUCCCGAUGCUGAGAAUAUCAAGGAACUAGUCGAAGAGAUCUCGUCGAUGCUUGGAGCUGGUAAGGAGGAGUGGCAAUUGGGUAAAACCAAGGUGUUUUUGAAGCGAGCAAUGGCGUUUAAACUGCGGAAACUCGAGAUGUUGCGAUGCAAGUCGGCCGCACGUGCGAUCCAGAAGUGGGUACGCAACAUGGCGAGAGCUGAAGCGGCAGUGAAGAUACAAACUAAAGCGCGGCAGUUUGUGGCCAAGAGACGACUGCAGCGCUUGCGUCGUAGCGCGUACCGUGUCAUGUAUAUCCUACGUAUGCGUGUGGCUGUGAGCAAGUACCGUCGGAUGCGAGACGAGUACCGUAUGCAGAACGAGAAGGCUGUGGCUGUACAGAAGAUCGCACGUGGGUAUUUGGUACGCAAACGUGACUUGCUGCAUCCGUUUGGAGACAUGGGGCCCAAGGAAUUGGACGCUAAGAUCGCAGAGAUGGAGAAGGCUAUUGAAGACGCGGCAGUGAGCAAGCAGUUCGAGUUGUGCGCCAAUUUGCAGCUCGAACUGGAGAAGAUCGUAGAAGCCAGGAAGAAGGUUCGCACUGCGAAGGAGAUUGAUGCGGAGAUCAAGAAAUUGAACGAGGAUAUGGAGGCUGCAGCGCUAUCGAAGCAGUUUGGACUGUGUGCGGAGCUCCAGAAGCAGCUGGAAGUGCUCCAGGAAGCGCGUAAACACGUCAAGGAAGACCUGAAUGAGCUGGAACCUGAAGAGCUGGACGAACGUAUCCAUGCGAUGGAAGCGACGAUUGCUGAGGCCAUGGCAGCUCGGGAUUUCGGCAAGUGUAGCGAUCUUCAGGUGAGUCUGGACGCUCUAGUGUCGGCGCGUAAGAAGAAGCAGACGCCUGAGGAACUGGAUGCCGAAAUCGAGAAGCUCAACGAGGAACUGGACAACUUGAUGAAGAAGAAGCAGUUUGACAAGUGUGCGCAGCUACAGAAGGACAUUGACGUGUUGAAGAAGAAGCGUGCCAAGUUCCCUGCUGCUGUGAAGGCUCCAACGCCUCCGCCUUCUCCUAAGCCGGAGCCACCGGCAGAGCCAACACCGCCGCCGUCACCUAAGAAGGAGACACCUCCACCCGAGGAACCGGAGCCUCAGCCUGCUACGCCUGCACCUCCAUCGAACAUGGAUCGCAGUGGUAUCCUCCCCUCGCGCGAUGCUGCUACAGCUGCUCCGAACUCGUCUCCUGCUGCUCUGCCUGGUGAGAAACGACCUGCUCCAGAGGUUCAAGCAGCUCCAAUUCCAGCUCCAGCUCCAGCUCCAACGCCGGCUCCGCUGGCUUCUCCGGUUGCAGUGUCCUCAACUCAAUCAUUUGAAGAACAUCCCACUGCUCCAGUGAACGAGUAUGUUGCGCCUCAGGAGAUCCCUACGGCUCCUCAGAUGCCUAGACGUCCUCCUGCGAUUUAUAAUGGUCCUUCUCCGAGUGUCCGACGUGGUGAAUCGAACACGAUGACACCGAUGAUGCCUAUCAAGCAGCCGACGUUCGAGCGUCGCGCACGGUCAGGUUCCAACAGUUCGGCCACUUCAGGCCACUCGUUCGCUCGCUCGCAUUCGUCCAUGAUGUCUACGUCGUCUAAGACCAAGAAAUCGAGCAAUGCAGACCCGUCACGUACUGUUGCGCGCUUGCGGCCGGCCAAGGCGAUCACGGUGAACCAGGAAGCGACUGUACUGGAGGCUGCUCGACUGAUGAAGUCCCACCGCUCGGCUGCUGUGUUGGUGACCAACUGGGAAGGAGCUUUGACUGGUAUUUUCUCGGACACAGACGCUGCUCGGCGUGUGAUUUCGAAGGGUAUGGACCCGGCUAGAGUCACGAUCGGAUCGGUGAUGACUCCGAAUCCGAGCUGUGUAAGCUUGGAGGACAGUGCAGUGGACGCCAUGGAUAUUAUGCUGAGCGGCAAGUUCCGUCACUUACCCGUAGUGAGUGCGCAUAGCGGCAAUAUUGUGGGAGUUCUGAACGUGGCCAAGUGUCUGCAUGACGCUAUUCGGCGCGUGGAGAACAUGUCGACGUCUCUGCAGCAGGAACUGGGUGCUAGUAGCAAUAACGCGAUGCUGCGUGGCAUGCUGGAGAAGAUGCUGUCCCCGUCACUACUCGAUGUCUUGUCCAAGCCAGGCGAAGUGAUGCCGCCGCUCGUGUAUGGUAACAUGACGGUAUUUGAAGCCACGACGUACAUGGCGGAGACCAGACGCCCCGCUCUUGUGGUCUCCUCCAACCCGGAAGCGCCGGAUCUCAUCGGUAUCUUCACGCCGAAGGAUGUACUGCUCCGUGUGGUAGCAGAAGACCUGGACGUCAACACUACGCCGGUCAGUGACGUCAUGACUCCUAAUCCGGAAUCUGCAGCGCCAGAGACGUCGGUGUUGGACGCGUUCCACAUCAUGCACGACGGAAAGUUUUUGAAUCUGCCAGUGGUAGCGCCGGAUUCGGGGGAAAUUAUGGGCGUGGCAGACGUCCUGUCCAUCAGCUUGGCUUCUUUUGGUGAAUCCCGCGACAUCGGCAAGUUCUUUAACGCUGCGUUCGAUUAUCAUGACGACGAGACCAACUCCAUCGUGUCGGGCAGAUCGACGUCCAAUCUGUCGGUCGCUAGCAAGGCUCGGCAACAGAAGGACCGGGAUAAAGGUGUGAAUGUUCGUCCAGUGUCCAGCUUGCGUCCACUGCCUGCGAUCACGAUCGAUGAGGUCGCGUCUGUGUUUGAAGCCUCGUUGUUGAUGAAGCAGAAGCGCACGGACGCGUUGCUUGUGGUGGAUGAAGCUGGCGGAUUGAAUGGUAUUCUCACAGACACGGACAUCUGUCGUCGCGUGCUGGCACUGAACUUGAAUCCCGAGGAAGUGCCUGUGUGCAACGUGAUGACAAGAGACAUCAAGUACGUGUCUCCGAAUGACAGCGCUAUAGACGCGUUGCUGUCGAUGCAGGAGGGUCAUUUCCGACAUCUCCCAGUAGUGGACGGUGGCAGUAUCGCCGGUGUUUUGAACAUUGGCAAGUGCAUCUACGAUGUGUCUAAGCGUCUGGAACACGCGAUGCAGUCCACAGAUCAACUCAAAGCGUCACUGGAGAAGAGCGGCAAGUCCUCAACACUUCAACAGCUGCUCGCUCCGAUGCUGGAGAAGCUGUCGACGCCUACGCUGGGAUCGAUUCUUGAUAAUGAGACCCAGAACGGCUCGACGCCCGCGCCGCGUCUACCAAAGUCGUCGCUUGUUAGUGAUGUGGCCAAGGCCAUGGCGUCCACCAAGAAGGCGGCGCUGAUUGUGGACGAUAUCAACUUUGACAAGCUGGUGGGUGUUUUCUCACCGAACGAACUGGUGCUAAACGUGAUUGCCAAGGGACUCAAGGCCUCGGCCACGUACGUGGAAGAAGUGAUGCUGAACGACCCGGAGAUCGCCACGCCGUCUACGUCCGUGCUGGAUGGUCUACACAUCAUGCACGACUCGCGUAUCCUGAACCUGCCGGUGUUGAAGGACGACUCGAACGAACUGGUCGGGAUGGUGGACGUGCUGGAUCUCAGCUACGGCACCAUUGAUGCCAUCUACGGCGAGAACCGCGAGCAGAUGCAGGAGUUCUGGAACACGACGUUGCAGCUAGACCAGCCGUCUUUACCGUCCGAAGCCGGCGACCGCGAACGCACCACGUUAUUGUCACGAGCUGAACGUGAGGAGAAGAGCCGUACAGUGGCGAAACUACGCCCGACGAAGGUGCUGACGGUCGUGGAGACUACCACCGUCGCGGAGCUGUCGAGGAUAAUGGGACGCAACAAGAUGGACUGCGUGUUGGUAGUGUCGGAGGAAGGAAUGCUCGCCGGUAUCAUCACGGACACGGAUCUAACGCGUCGUGUUGUGUCUGAGAACCGGCCGCUGGACUCGACGUUGGUGGGCGACGUUAUGACGCGCAAUCCGGUGUUUGUUUCGAUGGACGACCCAGCUAUUGACGCGCUUAUUUGCAUGUUGGAAGGCAAGUUCCGUCAUCUGCCGGUUGUCGAACGCAAUGGCCCUGUUGUGGGCAUUCUGAACAUUGCUAAGUGUCUGUACGAUGCGAUCCGGAAGAUGGAGAAGUCGGAGCAAUCGUCUGCUGCUCUGCGUCACACGCUGGAGAAGGAGAUGAAGAGCCGUGUGAACGGUGGAGCGCGUGUCGGUGGCGUCUCUCAACUGCUUGGUUCAAUGGUCAACAAGAUGUUCUCGCCGGAUAUCAAGACAGUGAUCGAAGAAGAAGGCGUGGAGCCUCCGCGUGUGCAGCGGUACACGUCUGUGUUUGAAGUAUCGAAGCAACUGGCUGUGACCAAGAAAGGAGCGUUGGUAGUGAACAACCGUGGCCAGUUCUGUGGUAUCUUCACGCCUAAAGAAAUGCUGGAGAAGGUGCUGGCUCGCGGUCUGCCUGUGCAUACGACGCCCGUGUGCGAAGUGAUGCUGGAGAAGGACGUGACUAUCAAUGGAGCGACGUCAGUGAUCGACGCUAUGCACACGAUGCACGACCACAAGACGCUGUAUUUGGCUGUGAUGCAGACGGAGACUAGCAAACAACCUAUCGGACUGAUCGACGUGCUGUCGUUGAGUUAUGGAUCAUUCGCGAAGGGCAAGCCGAGUGAGUGGAAGUCUUUCUGGAACGCUUCGUUCGAGGCCACAGACGACGACGAUGUGUCAUCGCAACACAGUUUCCGCAGUGGAUUCUCGCACAACCUCGCACCUAGCAGCAGUGGAUUAAGCCAAAAGGGGCGUCAAGCUAACUUGGCGACCGGGAAUGUACGUCCCGUGUCCAAGUUGCGACCAUCCAAGGCGAUCACGAUCUCCGAGACAUUCUCAGUCGCUGACGCUGCCAAGGAAAUGAGCACUGCACAGACGGACGCUGCGCUGGUGAUUGGGCGUGAUGGCGGACUGCUCGGUAUCCUGACAGAUACAGACGUAACGCGGCGUGUUGUGGCGCUGGGCAACGACCCGUUCUACGUGAGUGUAUUGGAUGCAAUGACCCCGGAUCCCAAGUUUGUGGACGAACGCGACAGCGCUAUGGAUGCCAUGUUUAUGAUGCUAGAGGGCAAGUUCCGUCACCUGCCUGUCGUGGAUGAAACCGGUAUGGUUGCAGGUAUGCUGCGUAUCCAGAAGUGUCUGUACGACGCCAUCACGCGCAUUGAGAAGGUGCAGCAGUCGUCGAGUGGCUCUCUUCGACAGCGCCUGGAGAAGCAGUUGCAGGCGACGGGUAUCGGUACUGGACAAGGUGCGUUGAAGCAGCUUGUGGCUCCUAUGGUGGAGAAGCUUCUGUCGCCUACAGUGGACCAGAUCUUGGAGGAUGAGACUUUGCCUCCACUUGUCAGUGAACACGAUACAGUGAUGGAAGUGGCGCGUCAGAUGGCUGCGUCGCGUAAGGCUGCGCUUAUUGUGGAGGACCCCAAUGGAGACAACAGCUCGUCUAUUAGUGGUGGACACCGCUCGUCGAUCAGUGGAGGAGGCUACGAUAUCGGCACCUCGGCGCUUACUAGAAAGGUGUUGGGUGUCUUUACACCCAAGGAUCUGCUGCUACGUGUGACUGGCGCUGGUCUGGAUGCCGCCGAGACGACGGUAGGUCAAGUCAUGACGCCUGAUCCGGAGACGGCGCCGCCCAGUACGAGGCUCGUUGACGCGCUGCACAUCAUGUACGAGCACAACUUCCUGCACUUGCCUGUUGUCAACGACGAGACGGCUACGAUUGUGGGCAUGCUGGAUGUCCUGUCGCUGUGCUACGGCACGUUCGCGAGCGGCGCAGCGGCUGAAAGCGGCAAGCCUGUUGACGAAGACUCGGACUGGCGCGCGUUCUGGGACGUAUCACUGGCGCUCGGCCACGACGAAGACGACUUCAGUGAACUUGCCAGUGUCACAGGCUCGCGAGUGUCCCGCCGUCGACCUGGUAAGUACACGGAGAGCCACCAUUCGUCCAUGAUGGACCACAUUCCCGAGCCUGAAGGAGCUAUGCGGCCUGUAUCCAUGUUGCGACCGCAAGAGGUUACACGUAUCAACGAGUUUAUCACUGUAGCGGAGGCAGCCAGGCGCAUGCGUCAAGCACGCGUCGAGGCUGUUGUGGUGACCACGGAAGAAGGAGAACUGCGCGGUAUCUUGACAGACACGGACAUUACGCGCCGUGUGCUGGCUGAAGAGAUCGACCCGGAGAGUUGUUCCGUGGCUUCGGUGAUGACGACCAAGCCUAUGUGCGUGUACAUGGAGGACCAGGCUAUCGAGGCGAUCACCAAGAUGCUCGAGGGCCGCUUCAAACACUUGCCGGUACUUGGCUCGGACGGCACACCGCAGGGCAUGCUGGACAUCUCCAAGUGUCUGUACGACGCCAUCACGUGUCUGGAGAAGGUGCAACAGUCUACAGAGGCGGCGGCGUCCGAGUUCUCACGUGAUCUAGGCACUGGUUCGAACCUGCAGCGUCUACUCGGUCCCAUGAUGGAGAAGAUGGUGCGACCUACUGUUGGAGACGCGCUGGACGGCGAGAUCAUGCCCCCUGUGGUGAAUAUUCACACGACGGCGGCGCGUGCAGCCAAGCUGAUGGCGAACACCAAGAAGGCUGCGAUCGUGCUGGGCGAUGAGCAGGAGUUGUGCGGUAUGGUGACCACCAAGGACCUAUUGCGUAAGCUGGUAGCCAAGGGCUUGUACGCCGAGACGACUACAGUCGAGGAAGUGAUGACGAUGGACCCGGAUCUCAUGGGACCGGAUAUGAGCAUCGUGGACGGCUUACGUUCGCUGCAUGACGCCGGUCAAUUGUUCAUGCCUGUGCUGGCAGACGACGGCGAGAUCCUCGGCAUGGCAGACGUCAUUUGUCUGAGCUACGGCCAGUUCCAGACGACGUCCGGCGGCACUUCGAACGGCGACUGGCGCCAGUUCUGGCAGACGGCGAUGAAUCUCCAAGAAGAGGUGGCUGGCGGCGCGUACGGCGGCAUGAAUGACGACGCACGGUCGGUUGGAACGAUCGAGGAGUUCGAGCGCGAUGAGUACAACGCUGGCGGGAGUGUAUCGACCCCGACGGCCAGUGCUGUGGGUCUUAAUGGCGCGGGUCGAUACUCGAACUCGUUGGGUGCAUAUGCUGAACUGGGCGAGAGUGUGUCGGUGGUGAGUGGAGCGAAUACAGCCACGACGAGUGUGUUGAUGCAGAAGAAUAUGGACGACAACACGUUCGUGUUCAAGGUGAGCGACGGCGCACAGGGCCAUUUCCACCGCAUCAUGUGCAGAUUCAACUCAAUGGGACCAUUGCUGGAGCAGAUCCGAUUCAAGAUGGGAAUGGACGACAACGAGGCCUUAAGACUCAAGUACGAGGAUGACGAAGGCGACCUGGCGCUGCUGACGUCCGAUGAGAGUCUCGUAGAGGCUGUUCACAUGGCCCAGCGCGCCGGCUGGAAGCGCCUGGUCCUUGUGGUGGACGUGGUCAAGCGGCCGCAGCACGACGGCAACGGCAGCGUCGUGUCCAUGGCCAGUUCAGCGGCCAGUGCGACGCCUAGUGUGGCUCCCAGUGGCUCGAAUGCUGUCGGUCCGAAGCCACGCAACCGACUGCUCACUAAGGUGGACGAGAUGUCUUCUUCGUCGGAGAGCAGUGACGAGAGCAGCGACGAAGAAAUCGUGCGCAAGAAGAGCAAAAAGUCUCGACGCAAACGGGAGCGCGUGCAAGGCUUCUCUCUCAAUAACCAAGCGGGUCUUAUUGCCGGUGGUGCGGCGACGCUGGUGGUGGGUCUGGGUGCAAUGGCGCUCAUGCUGCUGCGACGUAAGUAGGGAAAAUAAUGGGUAGGAGUGUAGGUGGAUUGAAUAAAGCAAUACGAAUUGCGUAUAGAACGUCACGAUUUUGGCUUUAUCAAUGGAAAGAUGCUUCGUUUGCAAGUUGCAAAGGCAAAUUUUGGUCUAAGUACAUACACUUUUGGGGAAUUAAAUGGA